AUGGUGAAGGUGAUCGAACAUUGCAGAGUUUCGCCACCCCCAGGCACGGUGACCGAGCAGUCUAUUCCCAUCACUUUCUUCGACCUAGCAUGGCUGCAACUGCCUCCCGUCCAAACCCUUUUCUUUUAUCAGUUCCCCCAUCCUAAGUCCCAUUUCAUGGACACCGUCAUUCCUAAUCUUAAACACUCACUCUCCCUCGCUCUAAAACACUUUUUCCCUCUAGCUUCUAACAUGUUUAUUAAUAUUCCCUCAUCAAUUUCUAGCAAGCCUGAAAUUCGUUACACCGAGGGUGACUCAGUUUCACUCACCUUCGCCGAGUCUAGUAACGAUUUCAACUCUCUCAUCGGAAACCAUGAAAAAAAUGCUGAUCAAUUUUAUCCUCUAGUCCCUCAAAUGCCAGCUAAUAAGUUGUGUACCAAUGUGUCCGAAAGCAUUCAUUCUACACUACUAGUCCCACUGUUUGCUCUUCAGGUGACUCUUUUUCCAAACUCGGGGGUUUGUUUUGGCUAUACCCUUAACCAUAUCACCGCGGACGGUGUGGCCUUUAUAAGCUUCUUCAAGUCUUGGGCUUCCAUUGCUAAAUUUGGCGGCAGCGAUGCGAAAUUGUUGGAGACUAUUGGUUCCCUAUCAUUAUGUGACAGGAGUGUGGUGAGAGAUCCAAAUGGGAUAGGGACAAUAUUUUGGCGCCAAAUUGUUGAGGAUAGUAAACAUGAAGAGUUGUGUCCAACUGAUCAACACCACCCUCCCAUCAACAAGUUCAGGGCAACAUUUGUGAUGGCCAAAACCAACAUCCAACGACUCAAGGAAUUGGUUUUGGUCCAUCAUCGACGACUGAACUCCGCGACAACACUAGCACCACCAUUUCACAUCUCAGCAUUCACUGUGACAUGUGCCUACAUUUGGAUUUGCAAGGUAAAAUCACGUACAGGAACCGCCACUACUAGGGCGGUGGACAAAGAUGAUGAUGAUGAGUACUUUAGUGUUCUUGUAGAUUGUCGAGAACGUUUGGAUCCACCCAUUCCCAAAACAUACUUUGGUAAUUGCUUAAUGGGUUGUUACGCGAGGGCAAAGCAUAGCCAACUAAUUGGGGAAGAAGGGUUUGUGAUCGCCGCUGAAUCGAUCGGGAAGGCCGUUGGAGAAAGGCUGCACGGUAGUGGUGGAGUGUUGAAAGGUAUGGAGUCUUGGCUUUCUGAUUAUAAAAGAAUGGACCAGGAUAAGAUGGUUGGGCUUGCGGGGUCGACUAAGAUUAGCAUUUAUGAGCCAGAUUUUGGGUGGGGGAGACCGCAAAAGAUUGAAGUCGUUUCCAUUGAUCUUACAGGGGCAAUAUCCAUUAAUGAAUGCAUGGAUUCCCAAGGAGAUUUGGAGAUUGGUGUGUCCUUCCCUAAGAAUACCAUGGAUGCUUUUGCUUCAAUCUUCAUCCCUGGCCUUAACACUUUAGGUGUACGUGCAAUGCUGUGA